AUGUCAGAAGAAUUAAAUUCAAGUCUUGAUUCACUUGAAUUAGAUCUAUACCACAAGCCAAAUCCUUAAAUAAAAACUAUAAUUGCUUAUCUUAGAGCUUAACAUAUCAGAUUUUGCACUGAUCCAAAAUCAAAGGAAUAUAAUUAUUAUUCUAACCAGUCACACAAAGAAGAUGAUAAUAAUACUGAUUUUGGAAUGUAGCGAAAUAAAUUCAUAUAAAGAAAAAAAUAGGAUACUGCCAUAUCAUUUGUAAUGAAUAUCUCUUGA